GCAGAAUAUUACAAGUCAGCAGCCAAGUAAACAUUGACCUUUCAUUCCGUUAGGCAGUCAGUCGUGAGUCGUGAGGGAUCUAUCAAGCCUACAUCACUCCGGGCCUGCGUCCUCUCUCCCUGCUGAAGACAGUGAUACUAUGCUGCCUGAUAAGGAUGGACUAUGUGGUGGUGGUGGUGGAGGCCAGGCCACAUCGGGAGAAGACCCCUCAGUGAGCCUGUUUAGAGAGUACCUCCGCCUCAGGACUGUCCACCCAGAGCCUGACUAUGAUGCUGCUCUGAGGUUCCUGGAUAGAAUAGCAGAGGAGCUUGGGCUGCCCAUGAAGAAAAUUGAGGUCUGCCCCGGUAGAGUUGUGUCUAUCAUGACCUGGCAGGGGACCAACCCUACUCUGAAGUCCAUCCUGCUCAACUCCCACACUGACGUUGUGCCUGUUUACCAGGAACACUGGAAGUAUGAUGCGUUUGCUGCUGUGAAAGACCCAGAGGGCAACAUCUACGCUCGAGGAACACAGGACAUGAAGUGUGUCACCAUACAGUAUAUCCAGGCCAUCAGAAGACUUAAAGCAGAAGGAAAGAAGUUUAUGCGCACCAUCCACCUAAUGUUUGUGCCAGAUGAGGAGGUCGGAGGUCACAAAGGAAUGGAGACGUUCGUGAAGCUCCCAGAGUUUCAGGAAUUAAACAUUGGCUUUGCACUUGACGAAGGUCUUGCCAACCCUGGGGAAGCCUUCACUGUCUUCUAUGGCGAGAGGAAUCCCUGGUGGAUAACGGUCCACUGCCCAGGCAGUCCUGGCCACGGCUCCAGGUUUGUGGAGAACACAGCUGCAGAGAAACUGCGCAGUAUUAUCAACUCCUUCCUGGACUUCAGAGAGAAGGAGAAACACAGGUUGAACACCAGCGAGUGUUUCACUCUUGGUGACGUCACCACCGUCAACAUGACCAUGGUGAAAGGAGGCGUGGCCUACAACGUCAUCCCUGCCGAGAUGGACGUCAGCUUCGACUUGAGAAUACCGCCCACAGUCAAUUUGCAGGAGUUCGAGGAGCAGAUUAAGAAGUGGUGUAAGGAGGCGGGAGAGGGCAUCACGUAUGAGUUUGCUCAGAAACACAUGAACCAGAAUGUGACAUCCACAGAUGAGAGUGACCCUUGGUGGAACACCUUCAGCACAACCUGCAAAGCCAUGAAAAUUACUUUGGAAAAGGAGAUCUUUCCUGCAGCCACGGACAGUCGAUUCAUCAGAGCGGUGGGCCUCCCUGCCAUCGGCUUCUCCCCAAUGAACCGGACCCCCAUCCUGCUGCACGACCACAACGAAUAUCUGAACGAGCAGGUCUUCCUCAAAGGCAUUCAGGUUUACGAGAACCUAGUGCCAGCAUUAGCCAAUGUGCCCGCUCUGCCUUGCGAUGCCUAGAGCAGCAAUUCUUAACUGGUGGGUGACCCUAAUUUGAUAACACUUUUUUUUUGCCACUCGAAUAUUGGGUCACGACUGAGGCAACCCAGUUAAAUGUGUGUCCCGAAACCAAACCAGUUGAGAACCUCGGCUACUUCACAUCCUGUGUCUCGUAACCUCUCCUUGGCACGUGUCAGUCUGAUCUGACACCUCUCACAGAUAACCAUCUGAAUUAUUCAAGAUUAGUUUUUGAAUAAUCCAGAAGGCAGCGCCAAAUAAUAAAAUGAGAUUACUUCAUCCAGAUAUAAUUUAUAAUAGUCCAAUUUAGCACUUCACAUUUGGCACUAUGCCUUCUGUAUGCAUAAAAUCUAUUUUAUUUUCUCUGACAAUACAUAGCAACUCAGGACACCGUUAUACCAUUGCAUUACACAACAUUGUAAUAACAGCCUUGUAACAACAUUAUACUUAAGAGAAUGUGUUUAAUGUGUCUGUGUAAGCGGUCUUGACAAAGGGUGUGAUCAUUCACUACUCUAAUCAAUGUAUGGAUUUAAGUCUUAAAUGCUUAUCAAAGAUGUAUUAGAGAUAAGCAACACGGUUAUAUCAGAUGACGCUCUUUGAAGUUGGUAAUUAAAAUGCUGCUUGAUCCAGACCUUGCACAGAAUUACUUCAGAUGUCCCUCCACAAUAUUACUUAUCCACUUAAACCUAGCAUCAACUAUCCCCUCACUUAUUCAAGUUGAUCUGCCAUUUGCUCUUUGAACAAAUUUCUAACAGUUAUAACCAUUUGUUUAAAACAACUUAGAACCAACUUGGUUUCACAGUUAGUGAAAUUGAGCUAUAGUGGAAAUAUAACACAGAACCCAAUUGGGCAAGAGAGGUUCUGUUAUUAAAAUAGUUAAUGAGUAUUCUAAAAAGCUCUAAAUCCAUCAUUAGAUUGUUAAGGAAGUGGUAUGUCGGUAUAAUUACCAAGUUCUCUCCUAUUCAACUUGGUAUCUUCCAGUCCUAUUGUAAUUUGAUAGGCUAAGCUACUUCUUUAUUAUUUAUGUCAUAACCUUAUUGAUUAGCCCCCAACCACACAAACAAGACUGAAGUAAUGCCAUGUUAACGUUCAUAUAUUUCAUAAACUACUUGAAACCACAGAUUCAUAUAAUGAUUUUUGUUUGAAAAUGAAUUUAUAUGCCUGAUAAAUACACGUUUUGAUUUUUUUUUUUGAUAGAGCUGAUUUGAAUAAAGAUAUCACUUUAUUGAA